AUGCCUUUGUCUUACGAUGCGAUUGAUGAAACCUGGAAAGCCAGUUUUGUCAUACAUAGUGUUUUGGGCCGCAAACGCCUGAGCAGAGUGGAUCAUGGGGUGUUUCGAGUGCGGCGCAGUCCAAAUGGUUCUGUGGAACAAGCCUUGCUGGUGAUUGGAAAAUCAGUCAGUUCGCCGGAAUUCUGUCAUUUGGGACUCUCCAACUCUUCGGAAAUUUCCCAGUCUCUUUGCCCAAAGGACAAAGUCUAUUGUUUAAACGCUCCAUUUUUCGGUGAACCCCGAUGUUUGACUGAAACAAACGGAUACAAGCUUCGGUCAUCUAAGAAGACCGUGGGUACUCGAGAAGUGAGACAAUUGUGGUUCAUUGACAAGAUCAAUCGUUUGCAUGGGAAUGUCCAAAGACAAAUCUACCACGUUUCACGUAAAUACGGACUUUGCAGACUACUGGAAUACCAUGUGCAGUGGGGCUAUUAUGCACUGCCCUGGCGCUCUUGUCGGUUGUUUGUACAAAAAGAGCAACGCUACACUCCGGUUCCAGAAUACUUUUUUCGCCUGACGAAAUAUAAAAGUUGCUCUAAAAUCACAGAGUCAUGGAGCGGAUCAAAGCCACCAGAGAUUCUCACGGAAAGCUCGCGCGUUGAAAAACCCAUUUACAAGACUACAACGUCACGAUCCGACAGGUGCCAGGAAACCAAUCUGGCUGAUUGGUUGUCAAAAGCAGAGGCUGAAGAUGAAACCCCCAGCAAUACGAUUGGCGCCAAUAGCCUCGUUGUCAAACUCGAUCCCCCAACAACAGGCAAUUCCCUGUUUAUGCUGAUGUACGGUCGAAAUCCGGGCCUCCUGGUUGAUCAGAAAACUGGGUUGUGGCCGGCAACACGGUUGUCUCCGGAGGAGCUGGAGAAAAAAGGAGAGCUCGAGAAAACUUGA